GACAGGCUACAACGUACUGACGUAAACGUGCGUGGUGGCCGCGGGAGCCGGGUGAUCUGAGGUGACGGGUUCGCGGGCAGUGAGUCGCCAUUAUCUUCGCACGGGACCCUCGUAGGCAUUAAGUUAUCGCUGGAAGGGGCACACUCCCGACUCAAGGAGACCUCCUGAGAAGUGCAUCAGCCAAUCGCUGACCGGUUCGACCCAACAGCCAGUUAUAGGGGGGGGUCGCAACGAGCAGCCAAUCAGCGGUCAAUCUAAGGAGAAGUCCAAAGUGCCUGCCAAUCAGAGUAAAGGAUGUCCUAUAAACCUAUAGCGCCCGCACCUUCUGGAAAUAGCAGCGCCCCAGGCACCCCUGUGCCUGGAGCCGCCGUUUCCUCCCCAGUAGGAGCUGUCCCAGUGUCAUCCUUCCGUCCUAUCUUCAGUGAUUUUGGACCACCAUCUAUGGGUUUCAUCUCGGGUGUGAAGCCAGCUGUGUCGCAGGCUGUUUCGCAGGGGACGUACAGUGACCUGUUGUCUGUGAUUGAGGAGAUGGGAAGAGAAAUCAGGCCAACUUAUGCUGGAAGUAAAAGUGCAAUGGAGAGACUGAAGAGAGGUAUAAUUCAUGCCAGAGCUCUUGUGAGAGAAUGCCUUGCUGAAACAGAACGCAAUGCCCGCACGUGACAGUUUUAAAACAUUUGUUUGUUUUUUUUUUAUUUGUAAGUAAAUAAAAUUUUAUGGCUGGUG